AAAUCCAGCGACAGCGACGAGACAGCCUACAAGACAGCACCCGCAUAGUCACGCCAUGCUCACAUCCUGCGCAUCCUUGUCCUCCAUCCAUGCCGCAUCACCAGAAACAUACAACCCUCUUCUCACACCAGGAACAUGCACUCCUUCAGCAAGUCGUCCGCCAGUGUCUACGUAAACACACCGACAACCCAGGCUCGCUCCCAUCUCAACCGCCUCAACUCGGCGAAGCACUCGCGGCCCUCCAAGUGGUCCAGCAGGAACUGCACAUCCAAGAAGAGUCAGACCUCGGGCGACACCUGUGGACACUGGUCUGCAAACUUGCUCGACUUCCCGGAGAAUCAUGGCCAGAGAAGCUGUCCUUUGCUGCACAGGCAGGCGCAGUGGGAGAUCCUCAUGACGAUGCAGACGAUGAGGAUGAGGAUGAGGGCAACGAAGCAGGCAUCAUUGCAGGGUAUCGGUCAGAAUCAGCGUCGCAACAGCCUGAGUUGCGUCGCGCAAAGUAUGGGCAACGACAGAGUCAGCACCGAAGCGGUUAUGCUACAGCAAGUGAGGUAGGGCCAUCGUCUGUGAUUCCCUCAAGGCGCAUGAAUGCACGCGCAGGCAACAAGUCUGUGCUGUCGCAACGCCUUGCUUUCGAAGAAGCAGAGGAAGCCAAGCGCAGAGACCUGCAGCGUAUUCAAAAGCGUCGACAACCUUCAGCGACUCGAGCACCUUCUCAAGUUCGUUCACUUUCGCCGCCACGCAUGGCACAGCCGCAACCCUUCAAAGAACCACAAGUGACGACUGCGAAACAAGCGGAACUCACGCGUAUCUACCUCGAUGUGGAAAGCUACAGACUCGGUAGACUGCUCGAGGCAGUCUUGGAUCACUGGCGCAGUCGCUUUCGAGAGCAUGCGUACAAGAAGCAAGAGAUACGCAGACUACAGCACAAACAAUACGAACAGGCAGUGCGUAUUGAUCACACUUCGGUUGUGCAACUUGCCUUCAACCUCUGGUAUGAUAGGACUGUGCGGUCGCUUGAGACGAGUCGCAUCCAAGGGCGAAGAGCUGAUUAUGCAUUUCUGGACAAGCACCUGUACCGAUGGUCACUCAAGGUUCAGCAAGUCAAACGACAACGCUGGCUCGAUCAAAUUGCUGCUGCGCAAGAAAACCAACAAGCUGCAUUUGCUGCUCAACGAGAUGCACGCUGCCUGCAUGACUUUGCCUUGCGUUGGCGUACAAAGCUUGCAAGACAUCAAAUUGCUUCAAAGCAGGCAGUUCGUGUCUAUCAACGCACCACACGCAAAAGGUCACUCAAAAUAUGGUUCUGCAGCGCUUGCGAGCAAAGUCUCAUUGCUGUCCACAAAGAUUCGCUAGCGCGACAAUGCCUACAAGCUUGGCGUGUCAAGAAGCAAGUGCGUGAGAUCAGUCUAGCUCGUGUCGAUGCCUCACGUGACGAUAUGCUUCUCGCGCGCUUCUUUGAGUGUUGGGCUGGUAAGAUGAUUGCUCACGAUGAAGAUGGCCAAGUGGCCGAUGAAAUGGUGGCAUCACGCUUCCUCUCACAUUGGAGACGCUCUCUUGCCUUGCAUGAGAUGGCAAAACCGAUUGUUCGAAGAACAAAUGAGAGACUCGCCACGCAGGCUUUGAUCAGAUGGCAAUCCGCACGAGCUGAACGCAAGGCUGUGGCAAAAGUUGGGCAAUUCGCAAAACUCAGUUUCAUUUAUCAAGCUUGGCGCCGCGAGACUAUAUGUACGCGGUUCACUAGAGAUGCCAAUUUUGCACUUGCACAGCGAUUCUUUGCUGCGUGGCAACGCGAAGCAGUCUUGCGACAGCUACAAGCAGAACAAGAUGUUGACCUUGCAUCACGUGCACUCUUCGCCUGGACAGACAAGCUUCGUGAUGCAAGCGGUGCAAGUGGUUCUCUAGCGCAAGCCGAGUUCUUGCUUCGACAAAGGCAAGCGACACGGUUGCGCAGGACUGCGCUGGACAGCUGGUUGAUUCGCUUGGCAGAUCAUCGAUCCCUCGAAACUGUUGCCGACGCAGAGUAUAAUGCCCGUACCGCAACGUGGGCGACCGAGCAACUCUCAAUGCGCUUCAGUAAGAUUUCCGCUAUGCGAGCAGAAGCAAAAGCACUCGACAGCGUUCGGCUGGGCAGCACAUUCCUCAAACGUUGGCAAAUCAGUACACGGCGCAAGAAGGAACAAGACGAGAACACCCUCGUUGCCAGGUACCAGCAUGCACGGGAAAGCAAUUACCUGAUUCGUGGACUUCAGCACUGGCGAACCAAAGCGCAAGUGGCUUUGACAUUGCGAGCACAGGGUGAAGUCUUUGUACGGCAAUCAAAACUCAAGGCAAAACAGGAUGUAAUGACCCUCUGGCAUCAAACAGCGACUCGGAGAGGUGCUCAGUUCUCCGAGGCAGGUGAAUUGGAUGCAGAUGGUCUACUGGGUCGUUUAGUGGCGGCACUCGAACGGAAAGUCUCCCACUAUCGCGAGAAUUGCGCAGACGCUGAUGCCCUCUUCCAAGAGAGGGAGAAUAUCCUCUAUGAGCGCAUGUGGACACGCUGGCAAGAUCGGUACUCGGUCUUGGUUGAAAACCAGAAGAAGGCAGAUGCGCGUGCAGAACGCCUUCGAAAGGCUCAUGAGCGUGGCACACGGCAUCGACUUCAGCGUGUUCUUGUCAAUUGGUUGGGUAAGAUGCGGCAUCAGCGUGGCAUGCUCGUGGCCAACGAAAGUGGGGCUCGACUGCACAGUAGUGGCAGCUGGAGCGGCAGUGCACAUAGCAGCAUUCUCGAACGCAGGGAGAGGUCCAGGGCAAUGGAGGAUGGCAAAUGGCGUUCGUAAUCAAAAAUUUUGGCUAGGCGGCUUUCUAUGUAUCUUUUCUUUGUCGUCACAAGCUUGGUCGGCAGGUUAUGGAUCGCAUGAGGGCAACUCUUAGCUCCGGCAUCCGUGGUGAGCUCACUCAUCUGCAAUCGGGCCUGUACAACGAUGAACAAGAUUGGUCAAUACUGUACACCAAAGAAAGAGAAUCAUUCGAUUGCUAGUACUAGUACAUCAGGAUUCAGGACAUUUUGUAUCUCGUUCCU